GAAAUACACAUUUACAAGAACUGCACCAUCAAUAGUCCAGCAUUGUAACUCCCCAUAUUUGCAGGUAAACUGAGGUGAAGAAUGCAACAGGAAUAAUCCCAGUCAUGCAACAAGGUCAGACACUAUAAUCACAUAGUAUGAAUGGGACAGAUUUGUGGUCUGUGUUUGUUUAGUUUCUAUCAGAGCUUGUAGUAAAUGAUUGAUGGAGGGAGGAGAAGGAGUCCAGACACCACAACUUAUAUUUCCUCCACUUCUCCUUUUGUGUCAGUCAGCCUGGAGUUUAACAUGGGUUCCUGAAGCAUUAAGUGGUUGAUUUUCAGUACAAAACUAUGAUCUUCUCUGUUUACUAAUGGCGUCAUUUCUAUGGGACUGUUUCCUCUUUUUGCUCCCGUCCCUGCUACUCGUCCUGCUGUCGGUGGUUCUCCGCUGUCCCAGAGUUCAGUGCUGGAUGAGGUCGGCCGUCCGAGCUGCAGCCUGGAGGCUCUGGGUCAUCAUCUGUCUGAUCCUGGAGCUGCCACUGGAUACAAGAGCAUGGACAGAGGAGGCCAAACCACCAGGGUCGGAGUCAGGGUCAGCUCCGGCCUCAGACGGACCCCGACUCAUCUGCAAACCCACGGCGUUGGCCAAAUAUCUGCUCCGACACUGCGGCUCUCUGGGCAGGUCCAGACUGGCCGGCUGGCCCAGAGGAGACCCCCACCUCCAGACCGUAUCCAGCCUGCUGUGUGGACAACAUGGGGAGACGCUGCAGUUCACCAGAGACCACCUGCUGUUGAGGGACGGGGGCAUCGUGGCUCUGGACUGGGCCGUGGGGACGAGGCUGGGGGAGGCCAGGAGGAGGUGGGAAGGGAGGAAGGAGCAGCAGUCAGGGGGGAAGUCUCUGGGCUGCUUCACCCUGACGCCUCCCGUCCUCCUCCUCAUCCCUCAGUCCUGGGGAGGGAUGACCCCCCACCUGAAGGCUCUGAGCCAUCAGGCCAUGCUGCAGGGCUUCUACGUGGUGGUGUUCCACCCUCGAGGCACGGCCAGCUGCCCGCUGACCACUGCUCGACUCACCGAGUUCGGAGAUCCGGCUGACCUGGAACAGGCUGUAUCUUAUGUCCACAGCCGCCACCCGUCCUCUGUGCUGGUAGCAGUGAGUGAAGGUUCAGGUUCGGGGAUCCUGCUCUCCUAUCUGGGUGAAUGUGGAUCCAGCACUCGCCUGACGGCAGCUGCAGCCAUCUCGCCUGUGCUUCAGGGUCAGCUGUGGUUUGAAACAGGCAUUCCGCCUGUUUAUCAGUGGGGGUCACUAGUUCACCGGAAACUGCAGCUCAGCAGAUAUAAAAGUUCCUUCAGAGGAGUUCUGGAUGUGGAUCGAGCCCUCAAAUGUUCUUCCCCCAGAGACUUUGAAGAAACUCUUUUCUGCUCUUCAGUCCAGCUUCAGUCAGAAGCUUCUGAGCUUCCAAACUCUGGACUGAAGUCAGGAUCUCAGUCCCCGCCAAGCCUGGCGCCCUCAGCGGUCUGGGCACUGGGAGAACGAGCUUAUCAAGCCAAGGACUGGGAGAAUUACUGGGAGAGGAACGAACCGCUGAGGGAUGCAGACGAGGUGGCGGUUCCUGUCCUCUGCAUCUGCAGCAGCGACGAUCCUCUCCUCCCGCCGGCCUCCACGCUGCCCCUUCAACUCUUCCUGAGCAACCCCUACUUCCAUCUGGUGCUGACUGACAGAGGAGGUCACUGUGGGUUCACUCUGGAGGAGGAGAGGGAAGGUAACUGGAGUCACAUCGUGGUUCUGGAGUACUUCAGAGUGGUGGCUGAUUUCCUGAAAGGGGAGCAGAGGGACGGAGUGCUGGAAGAAAACAGUCCGACCGGGCAGAGGAGCUGGAUCAGAAAUGUGGUUCCUCAACGUAGGAGGCGAGCCGCCAUGAUGAGGAGAAUGAGAACACAGAAUCCUGAGUACAUGGACGCUGAGGAAGGAGAGUUCACCUGGAAGAGGUCGUAUACACGCUGAAGCAGGAGAUCUGCAGAGAUAUUUGAUCAACUACGGACAAAUUUGUGCUUCUUACUACACUGCAAAAACAAAAGUUGUUGUUUUUUUUGGUAAAAUUCUGGCAGCUGUGGUUGCCAGAAUGCUCCCGUAAAAUUACCAUUUUAUACAUUUAUGGUAAAUAAAUAAAUUGAUGUUGUUGAUUUUACGGUUAAAAAACAUGCUUCAUUCGAUAUUUUACUGUAAAAAAAAGUUUCAACCUUUAAAAAUAUGAAAAUUUACAUGAAAAUACAAUAUAAGGUUCGUGUGACUUAUAAAUAUUACUGCAUUUUUCCAUUAUCAGCACAACAGUUUGUGUAUUUAACAUUAAAUAUACACACGUGGACAAAAUUGUUGGUACCCCUCAGUUAAAGAAGG